GCUAUAUAAAUUCUUGUCCCGUUAGGGUUUUGUGGCCGCUUCAGCUUCCUGCUUCAUCGCACUCUCUCCUCUGUGGCCGCACUCUCGCUUUCGUCAACAUGGGAAAGACACGUGGUAUGGGAGCUGCCCGCAAGCUGCGGAACCACCGCAGAAGGCAAAGGUGGGCCGACAAGUCCUACAAGAAGUCUCACCUUGGGAACGAGUGGAAGAAACCUUUUGCCGGGUCUUCACACGCAAAAGGAAUUGUCCUUGAGAAGAUUGGUAUUGAGGCUAAGCAGCCGAACUCUGCUAUCCGUAAGUGUGCUAGGGUUCAGCUGAUCAAGAACGGGAAGAAGAUCGCUGCAUUUGUCCCCAACGAUGGUUGCUUGAACUACAUUGAAGAAAACGAUGAGGUCUUGAUUGCGGGAUUUGGUCGGAAGGGACAUGCCGUGGGAGAUAUUCCCGGAGUCAGGUUCAAGGUGGUGAAGGUAUCUGGUGUCUCCCUCUUGGCCCUCUUCAAGGAGAAGAAAGAGAAGCCCAGGUCUUAAUCUGAUUGUUAUGGCCUGAAGUUUGGUUUUGUGCUUUUCUUUACAAGAACAAGAACUUGUACUAUUAUCUUUAAUCUGUUCGUGGAGUUUUGUGUUCAUCUUUGGGCUUUAUUUUC